AUACCCACGAUGCAGUUUUACGGUUCAACGCUGCACCCACAGAGGGAUACGAGAGAGACGUUGGAAACAAAACCACUAUUCGCAUCAUCAACUCACAGAUUUUAGACAACCCUCGACACCAGUUCAACUCAAGCUCGAUCUACAAGAAUGUGACUUUGGUGGCCUGGGACCCUGCACCUUAUACUGUCAACCUACACAAGUGGUAUGCCAGUCCGGACUACAAUUUGUUCGGCCCGUACGUGGAGCACCGCAAGCUCCACCCCGACCAGCCCUUCUACAUCCUCCACCCCAAAUAUGUGUGGAGACUUUGGGAUGUGAUACAGGGCAACACUCAGGAGAACAUCCAGCCCAAUCCUCCCUCGUCUGGCUUCAUAG